AUGUCCCGGGCUGUCGAUAAGCUUCCCGUCCCUGCGGUGGCCCGUCCCAUGAAAGUCAUUGGACUUGGUCCCAGUCGCACUGGAACUCUUGGCCUAUGGCAGGCCUUGAAAACAUUGGGUUAUACCCCGUUUCACAUCUCAGAGCUAUUACCAUACGGUUUCCAGCAAAUGAGAGCACUCCAAGAAGCCAUCAUUGCGAAUAAGACCGAUAAGCCAUUUGAUCGCACUGAGUUUGACAAGCUCUUUGCCGGCUAUGAUUGCAUUGUCGAAAGUCCCUGUUACUUGUGCCCAAACAUCAUCAAGACGUACUUGGAAGAUCCUAAUGUUAAGUUUAUCUUAACUGAGCGCACUCCAGAGUCCUGGGCGAAGUCUAUUGCCGGAUCCCUUGGUGCCUAUCACGCCAAGCUUGCCAAACCGCCUCUGUCAAUCGCACGGUACUUUGACAGCUUCAUUUGGGAACUCACCGCGCUCUUCAGAGCCAUGACUCAUAGAUGGUCUGGCGGACUGGAACCGAGCGAUCCUGGCUUCAUUGAUGCACUCGCGAAAAGCUACGUUGAGUACAUGGAGGGUGUCAAGACACUUGUGCCUCCUGAACGAUUGUUGGUCCUGAAUUUGGAGAAAGGCUUUGGCUGGGAGGAGAUUUGCACAUUUUUGGAACGGGAAGUGCCCGAGGAACCUUAUCCGCGCAUUAACGCCAUGGCCGACUUCCAUGUCGCCGCCGAGACGGUCGUGUCUCCAGCGAUCAAGAAGACGUUCCGCAUUCUUUCUUCGUCUGCGGUUGCCAUCGCUGGUAUUGGCUUCUGGUACUGGCAAAGAAGGCGAUAG